AUGUCUGAGAAAAAGGCACCAUAUGUAACUCUCGAUGUAUUCUCAUCAAAGAGAUUCAAAGGAAAUCCCGUUGCGAUUGUGAAGGUCGCCGACGGCAAAUUGUCCCAAGAACAGAAGCAGAAGAUCGCCAAAGAGUUCAAUUUCUCUGAAACUGUGUUCUUUCAGCCAGGCAAUGGAGAUGAGCCCCCUCGGGUAUACAUCUUCACGCCCGUCAAUGAGAUGGACUUCGCCGGCCAUCCCGUCAUUGGUGCCGGUCACUUCCUGUUCCGCCAAAUGCUAGCAAAUGGCCCAAGUCUUCGGAAUGAUAUGAGCCUUAUUACCAACGCAGGACCUGUUCCAAUCACUUAUGAUCCAGAGAAUGAGGUUGUAUCCGCCGAGGUCCCUCACAACAUCCAUCAGCAUCAGCAGGGAGCGACGCUGGCGCAUCUCCUCCCCGUCCAAGCCAGUUUUAAAACGGCCUCGGAUCUUCAGGGUGUACCAAAAAAAUCACCGGUAGUUUCUUGUGUGAAGGGUGUCACGUAUGCGCUUGUGGAUUUGACCGAAAGAGCGGGUCUUUUUGCCAAUAUUGCUCCGGGAGGAAGUCCUGCUCUCGACCUUGAUGAAGGAUGGAAGCCCUCAUUCACUGGAGUCAUGUAUUACCGCAAUGGAGGGUCUCGUGUUGAAGAGGACACAGUGGUCUGGAAUCUUCGAGUCCGGAUGAUUGCUAUCGACUUGGAGGAUCCAGCUUGUGGUAGUGGAGGAUGCUCUUUGGCUGCUCACCUCGCAUUAUCGAAUGCCCAGCAGGGUCGGCGACACCGCUUCUAUAUCGACCAGGGUAUUGAGAUGGAUAGGGAGAGUCACCUUAUUCUUGAUGUGCUGUUAGAUGAAGACAGGAAACGGGUUUCCACGAUCAAGCUUGCUGGACAGGCUGCCUUUGUUGCGGAAGGGAGUAUUUUUUUGGAAUGA